GCAAGCACGUUAAGGGUUAAUGUGGUAAUUUCCUGGUUGGGUGUGUGAUUGUCAAGAGGAAGCCGUAAUUGAGUCCUCAUCCUUUUAAACCUCAUUGAGGAACAUUACCUUUCAUAUCUCAGGGGGGCGAGUGCGUGGCGUUGAAUCAAAAGACCCCGACGCACCGUUGCGCCUUUAAUGUUGCGUAAUGACAGCCGGCGGAUAUUUCACAGCUCGCGCGGCCUGAUGGAGGGCACGUUUGCGGAUCCGAAAACACCAUAGUAUUGCAGAUCGGACGCGGAAGGGAUCGGACUUCAUUCGGGCGAUAUAUACUCCGGGGUUUAAAGAAUAAACAGUGAAGAUGGCAGGCCCAGAUCAACCACAGCAGCAGGUUGAAGAGAAAGCCGAACAGAUAGAUGACGCCGAACUGGCGUUUCAAGGCAUCAAUAUGCUGCUCAACAAUGGCUUCAAAGAAAGCGACGAGCUCUUUAGGCGAUACAGGACCCACAGUCCACUGAUGAGCUUUGGGGCCAGUUUCGUCAGCUUCCUGAAUGCCAUGAUGACAUUCGAGGAAGAGAAAAUGCAGAUGGCCAGCGACGAUCUGAGGACCACCGAAAAGCUCUGUGAGAGCGACAACGCCGGCGUCAUCGAGACGAUCCGCAACAAAAUAAAAAAGAGUAUGGACUCCCAGCGGUCGGGGGUGGAGGUCGUGGACCGACUCCAGAGGCAGAUCAUCGUGGCGGACUGCCAGGUGUACCUUGCCGUGUUAUGCUUUGUCAAACAGGAGUUGUCAGCGUACAUCAAAGGAGGCUGGAUCCUCCGCAAGGCCUGGAAAAUGUUCAACAAAUGCUACAGCGACAUCAGCCAUCUCCAGGAGAGUUGUCUCAGACAGUCCUCCGAGCCGGAGGGGCCGCUGGCCUCCGAUCAAGCCAACCAUAACGCGUCCCCUACGGAGUGUGGUGGCAGGGUGACGGAGGAGGUUUUGGAUCGUCUGAAGGGUUCGGUGAGCUUCGGUUACGGGUUGUUUCACCUGUGUAUUUCAAUGGUACCACCACACCUGCUCAAGAUCGUCAACCUGUUGGGUUUCCCCGGCGACCGCCAUCAAGGCCUUGCCUCCUUAGCGUAUGCAAGUGAAAGCAAGGAUAUGAAAGCACCGCUCGCCACUUUGGCCCUGUUGUGGUACCACACCGUGGUACAGCCCUUCUUUGCACUGGAUGGUUCAGACUCAUACGCAGGGCUCCUGGAGGCCAAAGCCAUCCUGCAGAAGAAAGCAAUGGUUUACCCAAACUCCUCUCUCUUCAUCUUCUUCAGGGGACGAGUGCAAAGAUUAGAGUGCCAAAUCAACAGUGCAUUGGCGUCUUUCCAGGAUGCUUUGGAAUUCGCCUCAGACCAAAGAGAGAUCCAGCAUGUGUGCUUGUAUGAAAUCGGUUGGUGCAGCAUGAUCGAGAUGAGCUUCGAAGAAGCCUACAGGUCGUUUGAAAGACUGAAAAAUGAAUCUCGAUGGUCACAGUGUUAUUACGCUUACCUUACUGGAGUUUGUCAGGGAGCCUCUGGUGAUCUAGAAGGAGCCAGUGCUGUUUUUCGUGACGUCCAGAAGCUUUUUAAACGCAAGAACAAUCAGAUCGAGCAGUUUGCAAUGAAAAGAGCGGAGAGACUGAAAAAAAUCACCCUCACUCGAGAGCUGUGCAUUCUGGGUGUUGUGGAGGUGCUGUACUUAUGGAAGGCUCUUCCAAAUUGCUCUUCCUCCAAACUCCAGCUUAUGAACCAAGUGCUACAAGGACUGGAUGACCAGUCGAGUCUGGGCCUCAAACAUCUACUGCUUGGUGCUAUUCAAAAAUGUCUUGGAAAUAUUAAAGAUGGUAUUCAGUCGUUCCAGAUGGCAGCACAGGAUGAGUAUGGUCGUCUGAACAAUAGCUACGUGCAGCCCUAUUCCUACUAUGAGCUGGGCUGUGUGCUACUGGCUAAGCCAGAGACUCUGAGUAAAGGACGAUCUUUACUGCUUCAGGCCAAGGAGAAUUACACCGGGUAUGACUUUGAGAACAGACUGCAUGUGCGCAUCCACUCCGCCCUCGCAUCCAUAAAGGAAGUGGUCCCCCACUGACUCCGCCCCCCCCACCCAGGACGUGCACUGCACCUUGACCACUCCUGUCUAGCACCUUUGAAACGAAAAGCUUUUCAAUCAAGCUUUUCUGGGAGGAAAACACAGUAAGCUGUGACGUCAGUAAACGCAGAGGAACGGUUUCUUUUCAACUUUGCCUUUAGUGUAGUAUCAAGUAGUUCCUAAAUGAUAGUUCAUGCAACUGUUGAUCUUGUUUAUCUCAUUUUGUGUCCACGUAAACACUCGCUUUCCAUUUUGGUGUGUGUGUCUGGAAUUGAUCUAAAAAGCUGAAAAUAUGGGAUGUAUUGAUAGAUAAGACCAAAACAUAACCUUGCGUUAAUCAACUGCAUAGAUUCUUUACCAUAGCUCGUCCUACCAUACUUAUUACAUUAGCAUGAAAUAGACUUAACAUUAUAGCAUUUACACACAAAUAUCUUGCAUAAGCUUUAUUUCAAGAGAUGAGAUCUGAAAUGAUACGUAUGUCAAGUCACGAUCACAUGCACCACAUCAAUGUCUAGUCUAGCGGUCGACUGAUAAUGGAUUUGAUCCAGAAAGCACGAUGACCGAUUAUAAUACAAUUUAAUUGUAGAAAAGGGACAUUUAUAUUUAAUGAAUACUUGUUUUACCAGUUUGUAUUCCAAUUUCACCAAAAAAAGUAAAAUCAAGCAGUGAUGCCAGAAAUCCUGAAAUAACCAAAUGUCAGCCAAUGAUAUUGGUCUAUCGCUUCACACAAUAUUACAGGCAUUGAAUUUAAAGAUGGCUUUUUUUAUUGUAUGUGUGUAUUAAGUACUGUAUGUUGCUACUUACUAACACUACACCACAUUCCCUCAAUGUAAACUUUGGCAGGUUGAUCUUGUAAAUCGAAUUCACCAACAUUCAUUGGAAAAACACAUCAUUCUUUGCCAUACCUUGUGUAAUGAUGUCCUCUGUUGCAAGAUAUAUUUUCUUAAGAGAGAAACCGUGCACAACUACCUUCUGGUUUUCCUCUAGGUCGGAGGAGCUCAUUUGAUUUUAGGUUCUGACUUUUUGACAAGUUGUAUUUGUUUUUGUGCCAGAUGUGCUGUAAUAAUGUCGUCAGCCUAAAUUUAUUAUUCUUAGACAUUGCACAGCACAUCAGUAUCUCCUUUUGAUAACGUUGCCUCUGAAUGACUUGAAUUCAUCUUAGUUGAUGUAUAUAUUGUGAAACUGUCGUGAAACUUGAACUUCCUUGUUGUUUUUUUGGCCCCUUGGAUGUUAAGUGUCUGUGCAAGGCUUUAUUCACUACUAUACAUUGUUCUCUGUGAAGGAGCCCCUUAUAAGUCUCUCAGUCAGUGAUAUGGCUUGGUUUAAAUCUCAAAACAUGUCGAUAUGGGAUGAUCAGGGUAUGAAUACCUUGUGAGGAUAAUAUUAGAACUUGUAAUAAAUUAACCAAACUUACCAUGAAA